CGAAUCCUCGGUCCUUUUCCCGAGACAGCAGCGGGACUCCAGCUCCCAGGGUGCACCGCGGCCGGCAGACUGUAAACAAUCCCAUGAAGGACGAAGAGGCGGAUGAUCGUGUUUGUGCGGUACAACCUGGCGCCCGGCGUGGCCGUGGAGCUGCAGGCGGAGGCCAGGGUGGCUGAGCUGAAGGAGCUGGUGGGGCGUCAGCAGGGAGUCCCUCCUCAGGAGCUCCGGGUUCUGUUUGCCGGCAGGGAGCUGCAAAGCUCCGCCUCCCUCCAGGGUUGUGACCUGCCUGAGCAGAGCACAGUCCAUGUGGUGCUCCCCCCUCCCGACUCCUCCUCCUCCCAGCUGCUCCUGCUGCAGGAGCGCCUGGCUGUGGGGAGGGAGGCGGAGCGGGACCGGCUGACCACGCUGGACCUCAGCUCUUCACGGCUUCCUGCCACCUGCUCAGGGCUGGCCGUCAUCCUCGAUGGGGCAGGAGGAGGACCGACAGGUGAAGGCCAGAGGAGAGAGCAGCAGGCUGCAGCUCCAGCAGGUACCCGUGGUACGUUCUUUGUGUACUGUAAAUGCUGCUCUUCCAUCCAGUCGGGGAAACUUCGUGUUCGCUGUAGGAGUUGCAGACAGAUGACGCUGACACUCAGCAGGGGUCCGUCCUGCUGGGACGACGUUCUUCUCCCCGGACGAAUCCAUGGCGUCUGUCAGUCUAACGGCUGUCAGGGCCAUGAGGCGGAGUUCUACAUGAAAUGUGCGUCUCACCCGACAUCAGAGGACGACAUCUCUGUGGCUCUGGACCUCAUCCUGUCCAACACCAGGAGCGUGCCCUGCAUCGGCUGCACCGACGUCACGGACGUGGUUCUGGUCUUCCAGUGUUUGGACCGUCAUGUGAUCUGCCUUGACUGUUUCCAUCGGUACUGCCAGACUCGGCUGAAUGAGCGACAGUUUGUGUACGACCCAGUGAUUGGAUACUCACUGCCAUGUGCAGCUGGCUGCCAAAACUCACUGAUCAAAGAGGUGCAUCACUUUAGGAUCCUGGGAGAUGAUCAGUACGGCCGGUACCUGCAGUAUGGCGCCGAGGAGUGUCUGCUGACCAUGGGAGGAAUGAUGUGUCCCUCACCUGGCUGUGGGGCGGGGCUCCUCCCACCUGACGGCAGCAGGAGGGUGGAGUGCGACAGACGGCUGGGCUGCGGCUUUGUCUUCUGCAGGGACUGCAGGGAGGGUUACCACGAGGGGCCGUGUGAGGUCCUGGUAGCCCCGCCCACAGGUGACGCCUCACAGGGUUUUGUGGUGGGGGAGGAAGCGUCUCAGAGAGGCCGAUGGGAGCAGGCGUCUCUGCUGCUCAUCCAGGAGUCGACUAAACCGUGCCCCCGCUGUUCGGUUCCUGUGGAGAGAAACGGUAAGGACCCCACUGAGUAUCAGGUCACACAUGGGGCCCCUGCAUAGAGAGAGAGCAUAUCUCAUCUGAAGGGUUGGCGAUGGGGAGAAAUCUAAAACUCACAGUCCACAAAAAUAUUCAGAUGCAGGUUUAUCUGGAGCAGGUUUCUGUGAGCAGACGAAGCGCCGAACAUGAGAAAGAAAACAAAUUAAGCUUUGAUACAUCCUGAUUUACUGGAACAUUUAGCGCCGGUGCUGGCAGCCUCCUGGGUCCAGUUCAGCAAUAAUGGUCGAUCAGAAACAGGUAAUCCUCAUUAUCAUGUUCCAGCAGAACCUCUGAGAAACCGCUCACUCCACCUUCCUCCAUCAGCGCCAACGCUGCCACCGACCCACAACCGGAGCAGCUUUAGCAGCAGCUGAUGGUUCCACCCCAGGAGCCACCUGACUGCUUAGGAGUUUCAGUCCCUCACAUGAUCUCUGCUCUCAGAAUGCGUCUCAUUUCCAUCCAGAUGUGACAGAAACAGGAAGAUUUCCGUCUCUUCAGGUUGAGCUUUGUUACCUUGUUGAGGCUCCAUGUGGUUCUGGUUCUUUGAACCCAGAAAAGCCCAAACACGUUAACAACAUCGGGUUCUGAGGUGAACCAAACUGAGCUCAGUUAUAUUUCAGUGAGUUUCACUACUUUGUGUUUUUUUUUAUUGUUGAAUAAAAACCUUUGUGCGUGGGUAAAUGUUGUGCGGCAGGUUUGUUAUGCAUCUGCAGACUUUAUAAACAAGAGCCCAGGGUUGGACUGAAGGCGGUGUGUGUCUCC